UCUCUUUCUCAACAGGAACUCAACUACCACCUGGAUCGUCAGUCAUUCGUGGAUUUCAGUAGCAAUCUUUGACCUUGAACAGAAUAAAGAAGUCAAACCUAAAUCAGACAGACUGAGUCUUUCUGCAGACUGUUCUCUGGUUAUAAAGAAGGUCACAGAUCAGGAUGUUGGUCUUUACACCUGCAGACAGUUCAAAACAGCAACAGGAUCACAUGAAGGUCCAGACUUUAUGAUUCAUCUGUCUGUUAUUAACAAUGAAGAUGUGAAAACAACAACAAAAUCAACAAUUAAACCAACAUUAAAAAUAACAAAUAUAUGGACAACAAAAGAGGAAGUAAAGACAUCGCUGACAACAACAUCAAAUCAACCAGACGGUGAAGAUGUGAAAACAACUAAAUCAACAAAAGUGAAGUUCACCACAAAAACCUCAUCGUCGACAACAAAAUCCAGAACAUCAACAAUUAAACCAACCGUGAAAAUAAACACAUGGACAACAAGAGAGGAAUUAAAGACAUCAGCAGGGACACUGACAACAGCAUCAAAUAUUCCAUCAGGAGGUCAUUCAGGGUUUAUCAUCGUUCCUGUGGGUUUAGCAGCACUCUUAAUAACUGUUGUGGUGAUCAUCAGAUGGAAGAAAACUAAAGAAAACAAAACACAAUGUGGCAACAACACGGGACUGAGUUUAAACCCUGCAGACACUGAAUGUGGUCCAGGAACCAAUCAGGACACGAUGUGGACUGAUGCUGAUGAUGGUGUGUCAUAUGCCUCCAUCAGCUUCACCAAGAAGACCAAGAAUAAAGCCCGGGCUGGUGGUGAUGACGACACUGUGACUUACAGCACAGUGACAGCUGCCUCACCUGCUGGUGUUACCAAUGAUCCCAGCAACCUCUAUUCCACCAUCAGCAAACCAAAGAAAUAGGAUGUUACUCAUAAAAUGUUUCCUAUUGUUUUUCUGAUGCUGCAUCAAUGUUUGGAUGAUAGAGUAACUUCAUUUUUGUUCUUUUUAAAGUAAAUUUGUAAUUUUGUAUGAUUUAAUGUUGAGUGUAAUCCAAAGGUAUGUAGACCAUGGAUCAAGCAGCGGUGUGCAUGAGUGUGAAUUGAGUCAGAAUUAGCUACUGCAGUAAGUCCCAUGAAAUGUUUUUUUUAGUAUAUCAUAAGAAUUAUUGGCUGAAGCACAUUAAUAUAUCUAAAUAUUCAUCUUUUAUUUGAUGUCUUCACAAAAAACUUUAAGUGAACUACUUAACCUCAGUUAAUACAUCAUUUAAAUCCUUAGUUACUGAAGAAAUCUUUAAAACAUGUAACUGACAGUAUAUUUGUACUGAGGUAACAAUCGUUAUGCUUCAGGAUUGGCCUGGAAAUGAAGAAGACUUCGUUGUUACUGUCAUCUAGUGACAUUUACCUGUAUAUUAAGUGACACACUGCACAGUACCUUUUUUUUGUUUAAUUUGGUGCAUGACAUUUUUAACAAUACAAAAAAGGAGCGGUGUAUCUCACUGUAUCUAUGAUGAUAUCAAACUUCC